AUGGCAAGCUUACAAUUUGGCGAAUGGUCAUAUCUCAUAGAAGAUGCAUCUGUGCUUUCCUGCGUGCAUUCACCGGACGGGAAGACCUGUGCCGCGGGCGUCAAGGACGGUAUGAUCAGCGUGUAUGACACCACGACUUGGACAAAAACCCACACUUUAAGCGGCCAUACUGACGUUGUCAGGGGCAUGGUGUAUUCACCCAGUGGUCAUCAGAUUGCCUCCUGCAGUGACGACAAGACGGUGCGACUGUGGGACGCGCAAACCGGCACACCCGGUUUCAUCUCAAGCGGCCAUACCGACGAUGUUAAUAUCGUGGCGUAUUCGCCUAGCGGCCAUCAGAUUGCCUCCUGCAGCCAUGACAAGACGGUGCGGCUGUGGGAUGUGAAAUCCGGUCAAUGUUUGGCAUUUAUCGAAGGUUCAUUCACAAGCAUCGCAUGGAACACGAUCCCCAACAGUACUUAUUUCGUAACCGGUUGUGAAGAUACGUCUGUUCGCAUGUGGCAAGUCACAGAAGAGGAAAAUCACUUUCAGGUGCGUCUGCAUUGGAGUUCGAUGCACGACGCACUUGUUGUGUCGAACACCUCUAUCCAAAACGUGCAGGGCCUGAGCAGGAUAAAUAUGCGACUAUUAGAGCAGCGUGGCGCUGUGGGCGAGCCGAUUCUACCUUCGAGUUUCCGCGAGGCAGGCAAGAAGCUUAUCAGCAUGGCGUCCGUGGCAUCUAAACUCAAGCUACCAUCAAACCACGACACAUUGGAUACCAACCUCACUACAGAUUCUCCCGCUGUACAGUCAGCAAAGUCGGUCGACUCGGCGGAUGUUUCUUCGCUUGCUUGA